AUGAACACUCCUGAAACCACCGUGAUUCUGGGAGCAGGCAUCAUCGGCGUGUCCACUGCUUACUACCUUUCUCAAUCUAAGCCUGGCUCCUCCAUCCAUCUCAUCGAGUCAUCACCCGAACUCUUCGCCUCUGCUUCAGGCAAAGCAGGAGGGUUUCUCGCUGCUGACUGGUAUGGACCUGCAUCUGCACCUCUAGGCUUGCUGUCCUUUAAACUCCACAAGCAGCUUGCUGACGAGCAUGAUGGUGCUAACAAGUGGGGGUAUGCGAGGAGUACCGGUGCUUCGUUUGCUGAGAGUGAGGACCCUGUGCAAGAGGAAGAUAGGCAAGGCGAGUGGUUUGAGAAUGGAAGGAGUAGAGCUGAGGUUGCUGGCACUCAUGAGUUUGUUGAGGGUGAAGGGCCAGCUUGGUUGACGAGGAGGAAGGGAGAUGGUUAUGAUGUUAUCUCUGCGGAUGAAACUGUUGCUCAAGUAGAUCCACUGAGAUUAUCACAGUUUCUGUUGGAUGAGUGCAGGAAGAGAGGUGUACAAGUUCAUCAACCAGCAACACCAAUAUCCGUGGUUACAGAUACUGAUAACACCAUAACUUCCCUCAACGUCAUACAAGAAGACGGCUCAGAAACACAGAUCCCAUGCACAUCCCUCCUCUUCGCCUGCGGUGCCUGGACACCAAAAGUCUUUAGCACACUCUUCCCCUCCUCGCCCCUCAAACUCCCCAUCUCGCCCUAUGCAGGCCACAGCAUAGUCAUCUCCUCUCCAAACUGGACAACCUCGCAUGAACAGAACGGCUGCCAUGCAAUCUUCAGCACCUCAUCCUCAGGAUUCAGUCCCGAACUCAUCAGCCGCAUAGGUGGAGAAAUCUAUAUCGCAGGCUUAAACAACGGUACCAUCCCCCUACCAAAUCUAGCCACAGAAGCANAAAUCGAAACCUCUGCUAUUGCAGAAUUGAAAAACACGGCAGAGAGGAUGUGUGGGAUACCCGGUCACGAGAUCAAGGUUUUGAGGGAGGGAUUGUGCUUUAGACCUGUUACGCCUAGAGGAGAACCUAUUGUUUGUAAGGUUGAUGAGAAGAAAUUGGGAGGUGUUCAAAGUCGAGGUGGUGUUUUUGUGGCUGCUGGACAUGGUCCUUGGGGUAUUUCGUUGAGUUUGGGAACGGGGUUGGUUAUAAGUGAGAUGAUUAGGGGUGUCAAGACUAGUUGUAAGGUUGGGAGGUUGGGUAUGCAGUAG